CUUGCACACGAACACGCGCGCGGGCGUGUUAGCGUCAAGCUUUGGUGGCUUGGGCAUUGGGCGAUAUAUUUCCGUGCUCGGGAAGUGUGCGGCUGGUUACCGCAUCAGAGAGAAAAUGGGUAAAAAGUGGAGAAACAAAAGGAAGCCUCAAGAUGGAAAGUCAACACUUGAUGAGGGUGGACGUCCAAUCCGUGGGGCUGGCUAUGAAGAUAUAGUGAAGGAAAACAAAAUGUUUGAGGAGUUCUACAAGAAGCAGGCGGUGGUACCGGUCGGGGAGUGGGACCAGUUCAUGGCCACGCUGCGGGACCCGCUGCCGGCCUCUUUCCGCGUCACUGGUACGCGCUCGCAGUCACAGGCGCUGCUCGCCAUCGUGCAGGACGACUUCCUCAAGCUGGUGGAGAAGCAGGAGGGUGCCGGCGACGACCCAGCCGUGAAGCAUGUCUGCCUCCCCUGGUACCCAGACAAGCUGGCCUACCAGCUGAAUCUCACCCGCACUGACAUCAGGAAGUCUGAGGCGUACCACAAGCUGCACAACUUCCUGAUCUCGGAGACGGAGAGCGGCAACAUCAGCCGCCAGGAGACGGUGUCGAUGAUCCCGCCGCUGGUGCUGGACGUCCAGCCGCAUCACAAGGUGCUGGACAUGUGCGCUGCACCCGGCUCCAAAACGGCUCAGCUGAUCGAGGCGCUGCACCGCGAGGAGGGCAGCAUGCCCUCCGGCAUGGUGGUGGCCAACGAUGCCGACAACAAACGCUGCUACAUGCUGGUGCACCAGGCCAAGCGCAUGCAGAGUCCCUGCUUCUGCAUCACCAACCACGACGCGGCCAACAUGCCCAACAUGUAUACGGCGGACGGGCCGGAUGGCGCCGAGCGUCGCCUGCAGUUUGACCGGAUCCUGUGUGACGUGCCAUGCUCUGGGGACGGCACCAUGCGGAAGAACGUCGACGUCUGGCCCAAGUGGAACCCGGCCAACGGCUGCAACCUACACGGGCUGCAGUACAACAUCGCCAUGCGCGGCCUGGAGAUGCUGGCCGAGGGCGGCCGGCUCGUCUACUCCACGUGCUCGCUGAACCCGGUCGAGGACGAGGCAGUGGUCAGCCGGAUACUGCGCGACACGGACGGCGCCGUGCAGCUGGUGGACGUGUCGUCCGACCUCCCUGGCCUGAAGUACAGCCCUGGGCUCACUCACUGGGUGCUCUACUCGAAGGACAUGAAGCUGUAUGAGAGCGGCGACAGCAUUGCGCCCGAGCACCGCACCCUCAUCCGGCCGCACAUGUUCCCACCGGCCGGACCCAACGACGAGCUGAAGAAGUGCAUCCGGAUCCUGCCGCACCAGCAGAACACGGGCGGCUUCUUCCUGGCCGUGCUGCAGAAGGUGGGCAAGACCCCGCGCGAGGCGGCGCCGGCCGCCGCGGACGCCGGCGCCGCCUCCGAGGAGACGCCGCCCGCUCCCGACGGACCGCCGCCCAAGAAGAAGGCGCGGCGCAUCCGCGGCUAUAAGGAGGAUCCGUACUUCUUCGUCAAGAAGGGCGACCCCAUGCUGCAGGAGCUCGAUGACUUCUACGGCCUGAGCGACGCGUUCGAGCCGUCGCUGCUGAUGACGCGCUGCGAGCAGGGCAAGAAGAAGAACAUCUACCUGUGCUCGCCGGCCGUGCGGGACCUGAUCUCGGCCAGCCAGCAGCGCGUCAAGGUCAUCAACUCGGGCGUCAAGGUGUUCGCCCGCUGCGACAACAAGAACACGCCCUGUGGCUUCCGACUCGCGCAGGAGGGCUCGGACGCCAUCCUGCCGUUCCUGACCAAGCGGAAGGUGCAGGUGACGGCCGCCGACCUGGGCAAGAUCUUGCAGUACGACGACAUCGAGCUGCCGGCCGAGUUCACACUGCUCGACCCGGCGACCCAGGAGCAGAUGGCCAAGUCAGGUGCCGGCGCCAUCGCCCUGCUGGUGGACUCGGCCGUGUCGCCGGGCCGCCUGGUGCGCACGCACGUGGUCGGCUGGAAGGGCGCCACCUCGGUGCGCGCCUACGUGCAGCGCAACGAGCGCAUCCACUACCUGCGUCUGCUCGGCGCCGACACAUCCAAAUACGAGAAGAAUAAGUUCGCGGAGGCGCGGGCUCUCGAGGAGAAGGCCGCCGCAGAAGCUCUCCCGGCGGCGGCGACGACGGAGGCCCCGGCCCCUGCGGCGGCGGCGGAGGCCCCGGCCCCUGCGGCGGCGGCGGAGGCCCCGGCCCCCGCGGUGGAGAACGGCAGCGAGGCACCCGCCCAGGAGGCGACAGUUACAUAACGCCGCCAGGUGGCAGGGCAUCCGCGUCUU